AGCCAGGCUGAACAUUGGCCGACUGCUGCAUUGUCUUACUGUAGUUGCUAAUCACGCAGCACUUAAAUGUGUCACCAUGGCGACGGAUGGACACACGCCUCAGUCCUGCACCUUGUUGCCCUCACCGAGACUUUUAGCAUGGAACCCUCGGACCAAAUGUUCAUGGAGAACCUUCAAGGCCGCCAUGACUUCUUUCUCCGUGCUCGUCCUUACAGAGGGGAGCUGCCCACCAUGGCAGGUUUUCUCCUGUACCCAGACACCCCGGCCAAGAUGGAGACCACCUCACGUGAGGCCUUCUGCUCCAGGACCGUCCCACAGCGGCGUGAUCGUACUUCCUGUAGGCGGAACGUGUCCCAGUACUUCUGCAAAUAUAUACUGUAUUUACUACCUGGUGUGCGUGCUUCAGGUCAGCAGAACUUAGCGCCGGACACCAGGCUCUGUUCUCACCCGGCGACCCCACCACAGACAGCAAGUGGACACGGCCGAGCAGCAGAACCGGCCCAGGAUCCACAAGCGGAGAAGAUGCUGUCUCAGUACCAGAAGGACUUCCCACCUCCGUCCUGGCCGCGCCGGAGGAGGACUCCUGCUCUCCCGCAGCAGGACAACAUCGGCAUCAACCCGUCUUUCAGGAUGGAGUUCAGGACCGUCCAGAGGGACACGUACCCCGACUGGCCUGUAUCCGGUCCUGAGACGGCAGGGACAAGAUCUUCUCAAAGUCAAUGACACGUGACUGGGCAAUUAAUUUUUACCGGGGGCCGCAUGAGCAACCCGAGCACUGCUGGAGGGCCACAUCCACAAUAUUUCAAUUACAUUUUGCUCAAUAUUAUUUUUGAUGUAUACCGUAAGAUAAAUAAUAAUAAUAAUA